UACCGUGAGCAUCACGCUAGGGGGCAGCAGUUCUUCCGUGUGAUGAGAGAGGAGAAUGACCCAUUCACUUCGCUAACGUUACUGGACAAUAUUCCAAACGUCCAGUGAAUAACCCUUUAAACUUGUGACUGGAGCAUACUGAAGUGUUGCCAUCAUGUCCGGUGGUCCAGCAGUGAGGGUCAGCAUCGAGUCUUCCUGUGAGAAGCAGGUGCAGGAAGUGGCCCUGGAUGGAACAGAAACAUAUGUCCCCCCUCUGUCCAUGUCCCAGAACUUGGCAAAGUUGGCACAGAGAAUCGACUUCAGCCAGGGAUCGGACUCAGAGGAGGAUGGGACCGAGGGGGAACCCAGGGACCGUGAGUGGAGCAAGCAGGAGCCAGAGGAAGAAGAAGGCACAGUGAAGUUCCAGCCAUCUCUUUGGCCCUGGGACUCAGUGCGUAACAACCUCCGCAGUGCCCUGACAGAGAUGUGUGUACUCCAUGAUGUGCUCAGCGUGGUGAAGGAGAAGAAGUACAUGGCUUUAGACCCGGUGUCUCAGGAUCCAACGGCUGGCAAGACCCCCCAGGUGUUCCAGCUGAUCAGUAAAAAGAAAUCACUGGGCACAGCAGCGCAGCUCCUCCUGAAGGGAGCAGAGAAGCUCAACAAGUCCGUAGCAGAGAACCAGGAGAACAGGAGGCAGAGGGACUUCAACUCUGAGCUGCUGCGACUCCGCUCUCAGUGGAAACUGCGCAAAGUAGGAGACAAGAUCCUGGGAGACCUCAGCUACCGAAGCGCAGGUUCCCUUUUUCCUCACCAUGGCACGUUUGAGGUGAUCAAGAACACAGACAUUGAUUUGGACAAAAAAAUCCCAGAAGACUACUGCCCCCUCGAUGUCCAGAUCCCCAGUGAUUUGGAGGGAUCUGCUUAUAUCAAGGUGUCCAUCCAGAAACAAGCUCCAGACAUUGGUGAUCUGGGAACUGUCAACCUGUUUAGGAGGCCGCCAAAAACCAAAGCCGGUACCCAGCCGUGGCACGUCAAGCUGGAGGCGGCUCAGAAUGUUUUGCUCUGUAAGGAGAUCUUCGCCCAGCUGUCCAGGGAAGCUGUCCAGAUUAAAUCCCAGAUCCCUCACAUUGUGGUGAAGAAUCAGAUCAUCUCACAGCCUUUCCCAGGUCUGCAGCUGUCCAUCUCACUGUGCCAUUCUACGGGAGAGAAGAAGAACCAUCGGGCGUCACCAGAGAAACCCAAACCAGACGACCACCUUUACGUACUGGAACACAAUCUACAUCAAAUGAUGAGAGAGUUCCACAAGCAGCAGCUGAGCUCUGUGGUGAUGCCACAUCCUGCUAGCGCCCCCUUUGGCCACAAGCGCAUGCGCCUAGCGGGGCCACUGGCCUAUGACAAAGCUGAAAUCUCCAGCUUGCAACAGAGUGAGGGGCUCCUCGAGAAGAUCAUCAAACAGGCCAAACACAUCUUCCUACGUAGCAGGACGGCGCGGACUAUCGACAGCCUGGCGAGCCGCAUAGAGGACCCGCAGAUCCAGGCUCACUGGUCCAAUAUCAACGAUGUGUAUGAGUCCAGUGUCAAGGUGCUCAUCACCUCUCAGGGCUACGAGCAGAUCUGCAAGUCCAUCCAGCUGCAGCUGAACAUUGGUGUGGAGCAAAUCAGGGUGGUGCACAGAGAUGGACGCGUCGUCACAUUAUCACACCAGGAACAGGAACUGCAGGACUUCCUCCUCUCACAGAUGUCGCAGCAUCAGGUGCAUGCAGUUCAGCAGCUGGCCAAAGUGAUGGGCUGGCAUGUCCUAAGCUUCAGUAACCAUGUAGGCCUGGGCCCAGUGGAGAGCAUUGGAAAUGCCUCCGCUGUCACUGUUGCCUCGCCCAAUGGAGAGUACGCCAUCUCAGUGCGUAACGGCCCAGAGAGUGGGUGCAAAGUUUUGGUCCAGUUCCCCCGCAGCCAGACCAAAGAGCUGCCGAAGAACGACGUCAUCCAGGACACCAAGUGGAGCCACCUCAGAGGGCCGAGCAAAGAGGUCCACUGGAGCAAGAUGGAGGGACGAAACUUUGUCUACAAGAUGGAGCUCCUCAUGGCUGCUCUGACUCCCUGUCCGUAGAUACAGUCAGUCUGCGGACUCCUCCCUCAUUACAAAGCCAUGUUUUAUAUAUGUUCAGCCACAACAUUUGAAAGGGACAGCAGCACAAAGGCUUUGCAGUCAUGAUACAGACAGCUCCAUCAAAAAUGUGACAUUUUCCUUUUUGAUACUGCCACAAUCUUCUUUCCACCUCCAGCAGUGUGUGUGUGUGUGUGUGUGUGUGUGUGUGUGUGCGCGUGUGUGUGUGUGUGCGCGUGUGUGUGUGUGUGCGUGUGUGUGUGUGCGCGUGUGUGUGUGUGCGCGUGUACCUCAAACACUUUGAUACAAAAUAAAACAUUAAGUCUGUCUGUAUUUGUGCAGAUUUGUCAUAAUAAGAAUAAAGCUGUGAAUCAGUUUUUUCUCAGGA